AUGGCUCCGGUGCUUAGGGCUCAUCCGCAAGUCACGGCAGUGCUGGUUCUGCUCCUGUCCGUGCUCGGUUUGGCAGCUGGUGGGAAGCUGCUGGUGGUGCCAGUGGAUGGGAGUCAUUGGCUCAGCAUGCGGGAAGUGUUGGACGGUCUCAGGCAGAAGGGCCAUGAAAUAGUCGUCGUUGCACCUGAAAUCAGUUGGUACAUAAAGCCAGCGAAGAGUUUUGUUAUGAAAAUGUACCCAGUCCCUUUCACACAGGAAGAGCUGGAUCGCACUUUCUGGAGAACUAGCCAGGAUGUAUUUGAAGAAGGAUCUUUUCUGGCAAGAUUUCUUAAAACAUACGAAGGAGUGAAAAAAACCUCUGCCAUGUUCCUGUCUACCUGUACACAUUUACUGUACAACAAAGAGCUUGUCAGAUAUCUUGAGGAGAGCAAGUUUGAUGCUGUCUUUACAGAUCCAAUACUACCCUGCGGGCAGAUAGUGGCUCAGCAUCUCUCAGUCCCUUCCGUGCUUUUUUUGCAGCAAAUACCAUGUGGCUUAGAUUUUGAAGCCACUCAAUGUCCCAAUCCUCCUUCUUAUGUCCCCAGGGUAUUUACAGACCUUACAGACCACAUGAACUUUCUCCAGCGGGUGAAGAAUCUGAUCUUUGACAUUCCAAAUUAUUUUCUCUGUGAUUUUGUCUUCCAACCAUAUGCAAAACUGGCUUCUGAGUUCCUUCAGCGGGAUGUGACUGUGCUGGAUCUCUUACGCCAGGCUUCCAUUUGGCUCAUAAAGCUAGACUUUGUUUUACACUAUCCCAGACCACUGAUGCCCAACAUGGUCAUGGUUAGUGGAGUAAACUGUGCUCACAAGAAGCUAACUCAGGAGAACAACCAGUUUCCUACAGAAGAUUGUUCUCUCGACUUGCUGCAGCAGCAGGAGUCCGUGGCAACAUUUGCUUCGUGA